AUGUACCGGGUGGAUUCAUCAGUUGAAUCGAACUAUGUUUUCUAUACAGCAACGACGGAUGGCAACGAGACAGAUAUUAGUAGUGUUGAUAAUACUACAUACACAUUAAGAAAAAAUGAAAGCCAAUAUUCUAUGGAAGACGACGAGUUUAUAUUCGACAGAACAGAUGUGAGAGCUAUAUUUAUCACGCUCUACACAAUUGUGUUCUGCUGCUGUUUCUUUGGUAAUCUUCUCGUCAUUCUUGUGGUAACUUUAUCAAGGCGACUUCGCUCUAUAACCAAUUUUUUCUUAGCCAAUUUGGCUGUAGCAGAUUUGUGCGUUGGAGUAUUUUGCGUCUUCCAAAAUUUGACAAUAUACCUUAUACCUAGUUGGGUAUUUGGAGACUUUCUUUGCAAGAUGUACCAAUUUGUGCACUCGCUGAGUUACACUGCAUCUAUAUUUAUACUUGUUGUGAUAUGUACGGAGCGAUACUUCGCCAUCAUACACCCUAUUACAUGUAAACAAAUUCUUACUUCGACAAGGUUGAGGUUGGUCAUCCUCGGCGUAUGGAUCACCAGCGCCGCCUAUAGUGCCCCGAAAUUUAUAUGGGUGGAGACGAUUACUAACGAUCUUGGUGAUGGCCACAUGGAGACCAUUUGCAUACAACAUAGAAUGAAAUACAAUUCAGAAAUAUUCGACAUGGUCAACUUUGGCCUACUCUACGUGACACCACUCUGCGUAAUGACGGUGCUAUAUACUAGAAUUGCAGUGGGUCUUUGGCAGAGCUCCAACGGUCUCGGCCAACUCGGACAGGGGCAGUGCUGCGCCACGCAAUGUCCUCGCGUCGAGAAACAAACCACCAAUAGUGACUCGCAAAGAACUGUUGGCACCUCUGAAACCAAGGUAAAUUGGAUGGAACUGGUUCGACUAACUCAGGUAAAAUCACAGACAUCGCCAAAAUCUUCGAAGUCAAAUAACAGUCACGGAUCAAGAAGAUGUCACCAUUUGAGCCACCUCUCCAGAAAUGUACUACGCGCUCGUCGCGGCGUAGUUCGUAUGUUGAUUGUCGUGGUGCUAACAUUCGCCGUUUGCAAUUUGCCUUUCCAUGCACGAAAAAUGUGGCAGUACUGGUCUAGCGGCUACCAAGGUACCAGCGACUUCAGCGCCCUUUUGACGCCACUCACCUUUCUUAUUACAUAUUUCAACUCUGGAAUCAAUCCUUUGUUAUAUGCAUUUUUGUCUAAGAACUUUAGAAAAGGUAUGCGUGAGUUACUGUUUUGUAACAUUGCUGGGAAAAGAAAGAGCGAUAAUUUGAUACUUUUGAACCGUGUGGGAGGCGUGGGACUGCGGCGAAGUUCCACGAGGUCCACUCGAGCCAACUGCAGCACAGUUACGAUGGCUCCCAAUGGUGAGUCA